AUGUAUGCAAUAAAUUGUGGAGUUCGUCAGUUAAGCAUGCUUACGCUCGUUGCCACAACUGAUACAGUUGACGAGAUAAAAAGAGAAAACUCAGCCAAAAUGAAUAAACAAAAUUGCACAGGACAUUGCAUUCGUACAACAGAUGGUCAUAAAGGGGACGGAAAAUGCGAAGAUAAAAAUAUUCCAAUUCUUCUCUCGUGGUGGACAAGGAGAAGACAAAAUAAUUCAUUGAACUGCACUCGAGAUAAAAAUGCACAACAUGUGGGUACAAAUUUGCUUUUGCCACAAAUAUAA